CCAGCACAUUGUACUUCCGCCGGCAAAUGUUUCAAUGUUGUUGAUAGCAACGAAAUUACACUGAAAUUAGGUUUAUGCGUGUUUGCACAUGGUUUAGCAGUUGGAAUUUGGCUACAAAUAAGUUUGUGAAUAGGACAUAGAAGAAAACAAACAUGGAGGUUAUAAAAGACAAAUAUUAUGAAUGGAACAAAUUUUAUGAAUGGGCAUUAGAAAACUCAGACCCGCGAGUGAAGGACUGGUUUUUAAUGCAGAGCUACACACCUACACUGGUUAUUACCGUUCUAUAUGUGAUGCUUGUUUAUGGUGGGAAGUGGUGGAUGACAAACAGAGAACCAUACAAACUUAAAUGGGCUGUGUUCUUCUACAAUGUAGGAUUAGUCAUACUCAACUUUUAUAUAUUUUCUCAGGUUGUUAUACACACGUACAGGGCAGGCUACAGUUAUAUAUGUCAACCUGUGAAUUACACUAAUGAUGAAAAUGAAGUCAAUAUAGCAAAGGCAUUAUGGUGGUUUUAUUUUUCCAAGUGCAUAGAAAUGAUGGACACAUUUUUCUUUGUAUUAAAAAAGAAGAACAACCAAAUAAGCUUUUUACACGUGUAUCACCAUGCCACAAUGUUCCCUCUCUGGUGGAUAGGCAUUAAAUGGGUGGCAGGGGGGCAAUCUUUCUUUGGUGCCAUGGUGAAUUCUCUCAUUCACGUCAUUAUGUAUACAUAUUACGGAAUCUCAGCACUGGGACCUCAGUAUCAGAAAUACCUCUGGUGGAAGCGAUACCUAACCAUGCUACAACUGACUCAGUUUUAUAUUGGGAUGGUGUAUGCAUUUUCUAGCCUGUAUCUUGAUUGUGAUUUUCCAAAAUGGAUGCAGUAUUUCGGCCUCUUCUAUGGAGGAACCAUUAUCACACUUUUCCUGAACUUCUAUAUACAAGAGUAUAUCAAGAAGCAUAAUGAAAAGUAUAAAAAGAAAACUGAUGCAGCAGUUGCAAAUGGAGCAGCAAAUCAAAAUGGAAAACAUGCUAAUGGGCAUGUAGAAUCUAAGAAAACAAAGUAGAUAACAUCACUCAGUAUUCAGCAGGAUUGCCACCAUGGCCACUAUACCUCUGGGUCAUUUUGUUCAAAUAUCUCAACAUAUUUAGAUUUAUUGAAAAAUACUUUAUUAAUGAUAUACAUGUUUUCUCAUUUGGAAAGUAAAUGACAUGUUUUGUUUCAUGGUGUGCGUACUACAAAUGAAAGGGUAUUGAUAUUCUAAAAAUAAUGUUAAAAUUGUUUCUGUAACAAAGUUGAACAGUAUAUUGACUCAUUUCAUCAUUGGAUAUUAUUCUGUUUACGGAGACAUUUACAUGUCAAAGUACUGAACAAAAAUAUCAUACUUCACAUUGUUAUAACUUUACAGAUGAUAGACACUGCUAUUAUUUACACUUUUUA